CGCGUUCAAGCGACCAGUGCACCCGCGUGGAGGUGAAGUCCGUUACGAGAACCGAGACCUGACCACCGACCGAGUGUAGGCAGGUCCUUUGCAGGAUCAGACCAGCCCCCCCUUGGGGCCACCUCGAUCGGAACCAUCAACCACAUCACAAUGCCAGUGAAAAAGCAAGAAGCACACCGGGCGCUCGAGCUGCUGGAGGACUACCAUUCCCGCCUGUCGACCCCGCAGGACCGCGCCCUACGCAGUGCCAUCGAGCGGGUCAUCCGGAUAUUCAAAUCGCGCCUCUUCCAGGCCCUGCUCGACAUCCAGGAGUUCUACGAGCUGACGUUGCUGGACGAGUCGAAAACGGUACAGCAGAAGACGGCAGAAACGCUGCUGAUUGCGAGCAAAUGGGAGCAGGAUAAUGCCAUCAAAGCGAAUGAGGCUAACCGCAUCAAGCAACAGGAACAGGAGCAGCAGCAACAGCUGCAGCAGCAAGCACCACCGCAACUUCAACUCCAACAGGACGUGGACAAGCAGGCGAUCAGCGAAUUGCCCUCGCCGAGGUUGACCACAACCAAAGUUCCAACAUCGAACGCGAAUGAUACGAAGCAGCUGAAUGGCGACUCACCGUGGGAGUACGAUGAGAUAGCCUUAUUGCGUGGUUCGACCGGGCUUGGUUUCUCCAUUGCGGGUGGCACCGACAAUCCGCACAUCAACCUCGACGCCUCGAUUUACAUCACCAAGGUGAUACCUGGUGGAGCAGCACACGUCGAUGGAAGGCUGCAGGUGAACGACUGCAUCGUGGCAGUGAACGAGGUGCGAGUGGUAAAUGUGACCCAUGGGGAAGCGGUCGACGCGCUCAAGCAGGCUGGUGACCGUGUAACACUGCACAUCCGCCGGAAGCGACCUCCAGCCCAGGCACCGAAGCUGGAGGAGAUCGAGCUGCUCAAAGGCAGCAAGGGUCUUGGCUUCUCGAUUGCCGGUGGCAUCGGCAACCAGCACAUCCCGGGCGACAAUGGCAUCUACGUGACGAAGAUCAUGGAAGGCGGUGCAGCUCACAUUGAUGGGCGGCUCGCCGUCGGGGACAAGCUGAUCGCAGUCCGAACACCGGACGGAGGAGAGCGCAAUCUCGAGAACGUGGUGCACGAGGAGGCGGUCGCGACGCUCAAGGCGAUCACCAACCGUGCCACGCUGAUCGUGCAGAAGACAAACAUCCUGCAGGCGCUCGCCAACUCGAUCAGAGGAGGAGGAGGAGGAGGUGGAGGCGGAGGCGAAACAGGAGGAGGUGGUGAUGUCGAGAUGUCAACUGCGAGGUCACACUCUCCGGCGUUUGGGCUCGAGAACAGCUCGUCCCGGUAUGCGUCCUCGAACGUGCUCGAAACGGGCAUGCCAAUUGGUACGCCGCGUGCUGUUAGCAGCGAGGACAUUACUCGAGUACCACGCACCAUCGUCAUCCGGAAGGGAGCAUCCGGGUUGGGCUUCAACAUUGUUGGGGGCGAAGAUGGACAGGGAAUCUUCGUUUCGUAUGUGCUGGCGGGUGGAGCAGCUGAUCUAGGUGGAGAGCUAAAACGUGGCGACCAGUUGCUCUGUGUAAAUGGCAUCAGCCUGUCGAACGCAUCCCACGAAGAUGCCGCUCAGGCACUCAAGAAUGCUGGCGGUACCGUGACACUGGUGGUGCAGUACAGGCCAGAGGACUACAACCGGUUCGAGCAGCGCAUCCAGGAGAUGAAGCAAGCCGUGGCCGCAGGCACUGGCACACUGCUUCGGACGUCCCAAAAGCGUACCCUCUUUGUGCGAGCGCUCUUCGAUUACGAUCCGAACCGGGAUGAUGGGUUGCCUACGCGCGGGCUCCAGUUCCGCCACGGUGACAUCCUGCACGUGACGAACGCCUCCGACGACGAGUGGUGGCAGGCGCGACGUGUGAUCGGCGAGGACGAAGAGGAAAGCAUCGGCAUCGUACCGUCCAAGAGGCGCUGGGAGCGCAAACAGCGAGCUCGCGACCGUAGCGUCAAGUUCCAGGGGCACGCCGGUGCCAAUAACAACAACCUGGAAAAGGUUUCCACGCUCGAUCGGAAGAAGAAAAACUUCUCUUUCUCCCGCCGGUUCCCGUUCAUGAAGAGCAAGGACGACAAGAACGAGGACGGGUCCGACCAGGAGCCUUUCAUGCUUUGCUACACACAAGAAGACGCUAACGCCGAAGGUAAGUCGGAGGAAAAUAUCUUAUCGUACGAGCCAGUGCAGCGCCUGCAGAUCACCUACACUCGUCCUGUCAUCAUCUUAGGCCCACUGAAGGAUCGCAUCAACGAUGACCUGAUCUCGGAGUAUCCGAACAAGUUUGGUUCGUGCGUACCGCAUACUACGCGCCCGAAGCGUGACUAUGAGGUGGACGGACGGGAUUAUCACUUCAUCGCAUCCCGCGAGCAGAUGGAGAAGGACAUCCAGAAUCACCUGUUUAUCGAGGCGGGCCAGUACAACGACAACCUGUAUGGCACGUCGGUGGCGUCGGUGCGUGAGGUGGCCGAGAAGGGUAAACAUUGCAUACUGGACGUGUCCGGAAAUGCGAUCAAGCGGCUGCAGGUAGCACAGCUUUACCCGAUCGCGGUUUUCAUCAAACCAAUGUCGGUGGAGUCGAUCAUGGAAAUGAACAGACGGAUGACCGAGGAGCAGGCAAAGAAAACCUUCGAGCGGACGCUAAAGAUGGAGCAUGAGUUUGGCGAAUACUUUACCGCCAUCGUGCAAGGCGAUACGAUCGAGGAGAUCUACGGCAAGGUGAAGAAUGUCAUCUGGUCUCAGGGCGGACCGACGAUCUGGGUGCCGUCGAAGGAAUCUCUAUGACCGCAGGCAAGCAUCACCUGGACGCUGCCACCAAAUAUGCGCGCCCGGCCCGUGUCCCGCUCCGGCCACCAUUGACGAUGAUAAAGCGGCGCUAGGAAAACGGGGGCGACGUUGGGAACAGGACGAAAAUAGAAAGAAUCGAAAGAGAAGAGUCAUGCAAGGAAUAUAUUUGAAACAAAAAAAAGAACAAAAAUAAUAGCAAAAAAAGUAAUUAGAAACCGACAGGAAUAGGAAAAGAGUAAAGUGUGGGGCGUCUGCUUAUCGCGAUCCACUUACGAGCGUAAUACGUAUUAAUAUCGAUGAGCAGCGCUCCCAAGCGACCGAAGAAUUAAAAGGUGAUUGUUUGUUACAGUGAAACAAACUAUACAAGGUGCACCGGAAGGCGAACUGGUAUAUGUAUCAUUAAAAACAUGUAUCGCGACGAUGGGUUGAGAGGUUCCGAGUGGUUGUCCCCUUCAGCCUACCGAGGCUGGCGGGACUAUCGAUCCGCCAGAGUUAGACACUGUUACUGAGUUGAGUAUAGAUAGCAAAUAGUGGAGAGACAACCCUCCCGAUGGCCUGACGGGCAUGGCGUUGAAGAAGACGCCGAAUCUAAAGGCGUACCAAUGCAAAGAAGCAGCUAGGGGUGGUAGAGCGAGACACGAGCCGAUGGCAAGCAGGAACAAUGGGGAUUUUGGGGAGGGUUAAUAAGGGCAACAAUAUACUUGAUCGUAUUUAUAUCGAAUACUAGAAUAUCUACGGCAAAAAAGGGAGAUUUGCGAACGUGUCAGAAAUGGAAAUAUGGAUGUAUUUAACACGAUUAAAACGAAGAAUUGAUGGAAAGAUGAAAAGGGAACGUUGGUUGAGCGAGGUAGUAUUUGGGUUCGAGAUGCGUUAAAUUUGCAAUGUUGUUGGAAGCAUGUUGCAAUGUGUUGAAAGGAAGAACAUAACGCUAAAACCAUUUUUGAUAGAUCCUUGGAUGAUCGAAAGAGAUGAUGAGGGUGUUUUUGCUAUAGAUAGCAACUAAUCGAAGAAGAGAAAAUAAGAAGAAAUAAAUAGAAAAAAGAUAAUGAGAUAAUGAAAAAAGAUGAAAAGAAUAGGAAGGAAAAAGGAGUUGGUGAAAACAAAUGGGAUAGAAGAGAGUAGUAAAAAAGAGCAGAAAGAAAAUCGAGUAAAUCCGAUAGUAGCAAAUAUGUUUCGUAUGCUUACCCCUAGAAAUCAGACGAGGAAUGUUGUUGUUGAUUAAAAUAUGUAAUUAAUGAUUUUUUUAAAUUUGAAUAAUAAUUUUAUUUUAAUUGUACCAACGUAUUGACUCUCGAAUGUUACAAAGCCGCCCCGCUCUUGGAGGUGUUGAUUUGCCGUUCGCAAAGGGUCAGGUAUGGUGUAACGAAGGGCAGAUUUAUGUUUUUCUCGCUGUUCACAACUGUUCGAAGCAGGUCCGUUCACGUUUAGCUGUUUCGCGGUAUUAUGGUGUUGAGCAUUAUCUGUAUUUUUAUUUGUUCUCCUUCCGGAUGUUUCAUUAAGGCAGCUCUCGUGCACGGCAGGAAAAAAAUACUGGACGUUAAAUGUUUGUUGGCGAGAAGAGGCUCUCUAUAUACUGCCAUUCGCUGUUUGGGUGGCUAGCAAUGAUAGAGACAGAGAGAGAGAGAGCUAGAGCAAGAGAAAGAGGGCAAAUAGUACCAUGAGUUUUUGCACGUAGCUUGUUUUUCGAGACUGUGAGCGAGGCAACCAGAAGUAGCAGACUAGAACCCUUAUUGGAUAUGCCCUACGGCUGCAGUAGGUAACAAGAAAUGGUUGGUAUUUAGAAUCAAAGAUUAUAAUAAUAUUGCAACCCCUUUCUAGCAGAUGGUACCCGAGGUUUAAAAGUUAUGGGCUCUACAAGUGCAGAAAAGUCAAAAAAACUCACUCAAGAGCCGUCGUGAUGCGAACGGUGUGUUAGAAGUGUACAUAAGCAUUCAGCAUAUUUAACUCUAUAGACUUUCUCUUUGGGUUCACUGAUCAGUUCUCUUUUUCUGGUUCUACUGUCUCUCUCUCUCGUCCUCUAAUUCACUGUGAGGCGCCAUUUUCGAUAGAUGGCCUCGGAAAGGAGAAAUACGAGUCAUACAGGUUGGUCAAAACCACCUUCUCCUAUCGUCUCCUAUCAUCACUCUAUCCUCAACCUACACCUACCCUGGCACGUAUACAAGAGCAGUUUUUUCACCAACACCUCCUCCUGCGGACAAUCAAACCAACUCUGGCGCGGGUGCGGCCACUCAUGCAUGGAACCGGACACCGAAUGCCAAAACAAGAGCAGUAUUGCAAGUGGCAACAACUUUGACCAAAUUUUACUCAUCCUGCCAACCUUUUCCACCAUCACCACCACCAGCAAUUCCGCCCCACCAGGACUGUGUGCCAAACUGAACGUGGAGCGCAAGGUUUACGUUCACGAUCCACAAGGAACCAAGUAACGCCUGGAACGAAUGAGCAAACGCGUCCCGCCAGCCCGCACCCGUGCCAUCCUUCACCGUCCCGGUGUUUUCCCGUUGCCCAUCCAUCCUAUCCGAACACCCGAUUGAGGCCACCUGCACAUAUAUGAGGAGGCGAGAAACCGUUCACGAGGGGCUGCUGGUCGUUAGGGGUAGUUUCGGAAGCUCUGUGAGACAGAGUAGACACUAAACUAGCUAACCAAAAAAUGAUAAACGUGAAAAUGUAUUCAAAAACAGACGCGGAGAAAACGCAGUGAGAAAACGUGCACAUAUGCAAAUGAUUCGCAAUACACACCCAUUCACCUUACACGCGUACACACAAUUCAUUGUCAGAGCAUUAUCUAGAAACUAAAGUACACUCGAAAGCGAACCAUGUAAGAAGAAAAAAAGUGAAAUAUAAAAAUGUGGGGCGCGCAGCUCAGUAGCAUAGAGUUUAAAGUUGUUCCCGCAGUUGCAUUUUGGUUUCGCAGAUCAGCUACGUGGUGGAGCAGUACAACAGUAACAACCAUUGGCAAAGCUUGGUAGAGCCCAUAGCAGUUGUAUCCGUGAGGGCGAAAUUUAAGUGGCGGACGGAGAAUGGAGGUGAUCAAAGAAGAUGAAAUGACAGAGAAGCGAAGGGAACGAUAACUAAAUUAUUCUAGUUGGCGCGCGUAAAACCAAAAAGCAAAACAAAAGCACAGUAACAAAACAACAACAGCAAAAAAAUAAUAAAACCAAGAAAGCAAAGCAAAAAAUAUAGAACAAGAUAAAUGAAUUAGGAAGCUGCCUUACAUAAAAUCCCAUUUUUUAUAGAAUGAAUUAAAACCAAGCAACAUCAAUACAUUGACGUUAGUUGACCGUAUUGGAGUUUGGCCAACGAGUAAGAAGUGUGUGAGCUAAGGAGAAUGAUAGAUCACAGUGGGGAAAUGAAUAAAAAACGACCAUUAGAUGCCACUAGAGGUCACCACAGUCGUUGCUAAUCAGCACUAACUGUGCAAAGCAGCCCAUACAAAUACGAAGAAAGAUAAAAUUUAAAGAUGCCUGACGGUUAUGGAAGGAUUAAGGAACAGAGGUUAAAACGAAAGGAGCGAUAGUGAAGGAAUAAAUUUGAGUAAAACCAUAUGAUGGGAAUCUGUCUGCUAUCGUGGAGAUGUUUCAACAUCACCGCCAUGGAAGGCCUCUGAAGUGAUGGUAAUAUGUCAGCUUUUAAGGUCGCGCACACAUACAUGUAUGAGUGUGUGUGUGUGGGUAUGUGUGCAUGUAAGCGAUUUGUUGGCGACUAUGGUACUAGCUUAGCCCUAACUGUCGACCCUAAUUUAUUACUACCUGUAAGACUAUCGGUGGGUGCGCGUGAACACAUGUGUGUGCGUAUUUCCGUUUCUCAGAACAAAAAUCACAAUCGCUCGUCCUUACUCGAUCGCAUAGCUCAUGUGCAGGACAUUAGUGAAAAAAGGGAUGACACACUCACACACACACAUAUAAAUAUAAAUAGAAAACAAAAAGAAAAACCCGUUACAGCAUUAUAUUGUUGAUUGAAAUGUAGAUCGUGUAAGAGAAUGAAGUAAAGAAGGAAAAAUAAAAAGAGAGAAGGAGAGAGAGAAAAAUACAAAGCAAAGAGAGAAAGAUAGUGAACUACACUAAGGCAAGCAGUAGCUAGCACGAAUUCGAACGAAAUGAAAGCGUGAGGCAGAGGGUUCGAGGUUGGUCGUAGCUAUAAAGUAAUAAUUGCGCCAGUUCUAAGGCAGAUGAAAGUAACGGUUUGUUUAAGUAUUGUAUUGCAAUAAAACGUGACAGUUGGUGCAAAAUAAA